AUGGGGCCUCCAUUUACGAAAGGCUACACGCCUGUUUCGAGAAGGGGCGGCAAACGGCCGGGCUCUGGGCGAAAGAAGAAGGCGACUGCUCUGAGGCAGCAGAAAAAUACAAUUUCCCCCGAAGAUGUGCCCCAGCCAAGUAUGGAAGUAAACGAGUUUGGGAUGCCUUCAAAUCAUCAGGACACCGGAAGGCCGACCAAGAGAAUGAGAAUCAGUGAUAUGACGUUUGGUGGUGAGCAUGAUAAUAGCAAGGAAGCAAUCUUCGACAAGGCAUUAUACGACCUGGAAGAUUAUGACGUUGUGGACAGUGAUGAAGUGUUACGUUUAAGUCGCAUAGGCACGGUGCCGAUGGAUGAGGACCUGGAUGACUCCGAGGAGGAUGAGCUGUCAAUGCUGCCUACUCCUAAAAAAGCCCCGUAUCCAACGCGACGAUCCCUCGGGUCAAACCACGAUGAAGGACUAUGGACGGAUGAAAUACCGAGCGAGAGUCUAUAUGCGCCAACACGGAGCACGAAAAACGAAAUACCGAGGUUCUUCUGCUCUUACGAGGACUGCCCGCAGUCGAAAGAUGCAGGUGGCGGAUUUGCUACUAGGUCCCAAUUGGAGAGACACAACGGUGUCCAUGACCCCAGUGCCAAGUGCGUAUGGAGAGGCUGCGACAGAGUCUUUAGUCAAGUUCAUUCUAUGCGAGACCACAUCAAGCGAAUACACUUGAAAGGCGCACAAGAUGGUACGGUCGAGAGCGAUGUCGACAAUGCAAUCAACGACGAGGCUGUAAAUAUUUCUGAAAAUGAUAGAGACGAAGAGCUGGACGACGCUGUCACCGGAGGCGCGACGGAUGGUCCCACAGAGGUAUCACAGAACGGGAUAUUUCCAUUAUCUGAGUUCCGUUGUAGCUACAAGGAAUGCCCACGGUCUAAGGCUAUGGGUGGCCGCAAGUUCGCCAGUAGACAGGCACUCCAGAAUCACGAAGCGACGCACAACCCGAGUAUCAAGUGCAUAUGGGCCGACUGCGAUAGAAUCUUUGCUAGAAUCGAUAACAUGAUGACCCAUUUCAAGAAAAUACAUUCGAAAGACCAACAAGCGCUCCAGCCCGAUGUGGCUACUACAGCUGAUAACAUGACUACAAUCGCUCCACAACAAUCCACAAUGUCGCUAGACAGCACCGCAGAACCUGCGCGUAGGCGAGGCCGGCCGCGAAAGGGUGCUGCUAAGACUCCAAAAGAAGCUCCCGAAGAAGGACCUCAAACGCGAAAGAGGGCAUCACAAGAAGAGAAAGACCUUUCUCAAGCAGCCAAAGAAGCGGCUCAGCUGCUGAACCAAGCUGCCAAUGCUCCAGCUCCCCCCCUGGGCGCGAGGCCAAAUCCGAUACCCACUCCAAUGCCGCCCAGAUCAGACGCGCAAGCUAUGUUGGAGGUAAUGAAGCUACAAGGGCAAGCGGUGGCCUUGGAGGCAGAAGCUAAGAAACUACAGGCAGAUGCUUGGAACUUGAGGAUUCAGGCGAGGGAGUUGGAGUUGCGUUUUCAGAGUCGAGAGGGGCAAAGUGCAGUAUGA